CCUUCUUGCACACCUUUUGUAGUUUGUUACGUAAUCAAAGCUUAUCCAAAGAAAAGUACAUAACUAAAUUGAUAUUGGACUAAUCGAUAAAUUCAGGCUGCCAAUAAGGAAUGGGAAACAAUGAACUGACGCGUCGUCCAACAAAUUCAAACCGUUGUUCAUCUUCUUCCGUGUCGUGGACGAAUUCGCCGCAGCUGCCAACUCCAAGGACGCCAUCGGUUGAAGACGAGCCCGACAUGGCGCAGGUGAUGACGACGCUACGAAUCCUGUCCCAAGCCACGAUCUCAAGAAGACAGCAACUUCCUGCAACUUCUUCGACGUCAGUGACAUGUCCGAAUUGUCAGAAUCAAUUCGUCGCAGAUAAAUCGUACCGACAAGGCGUCCCUAAUCGGGAAGGCAUUUUGGAAAAUUUGAGACAAAUGGAGGUGCAGUUGCGAUCUCGUGGUGAGGCGCUGCCCGCGUGGGUGGAGGCGUACCGCGCGGGCGAUACGAUCAAAGCAGCCAAACUGCUCCAUCUCAGCUACACGGCGGGUGGGAGGAGUGCCCUUCAGCGACCACGUGCCAGACACGUGCUUCAGGAAGCCACGUCAACCACGCGAACAGCGGAACAGGAAAUGCCUUCAUCUUCUGGGCAGGACGUUAGCGAAGGCAGAAAUACGGACGAUGAAAGAAAUAAAAGAAUCCGUUUAAAUUCUGGGAAAAUUUAAGGACAACAUUUUGGACGAUUUGGGAUUUCGAAUUUUAAGAAUUGUUUCAGACCUCGAAUUUUAGGAAUUUUUUGGGACCUCGAAUUUUAGGAAUGAAUUAUCUUGGACCCUCGAAUUUUACUAAUUUUUGGGGGACUUGUACAGUCGGAGUUUGUUCUAUUUUCUGAUAGAUUGGACAAUUCUUCGGGAUUUUAUACAUAAUGUACAUAUUUCUGCAUUAUUAUGCUUGCGUAAUUUAUUAUAUUUGUAUGCAUAUAAACUUCUCAUAAUUUCUAAGUACAAAAUAUUCAAAUCAACAAUUCUUAUUAUUGUAAGCUUCAUGUAAAAAUGAUUAACAUUAUUUUGCACUUAAUUUUACAGGGUUAAGAUUCACAAGUUAAUUACAAUGGCAAAUUUGGUUGCACUAAUUAUGUAAUUUAUAAGAAAAAUGUGUGGAAUUAAAUAUCCUAACUUAAUUUUUCCAACAAUCUUUGGCUAAAAAUAUGUAAUCUUAAAUCUGUGUAAAAUUAACGUCAGUAAUAAUUUAUUUUGUACAAAAUCCAUUUUGAAUUCACAAUUAGAUCUUUUAGCGACUGGAACUCAGGAUUGCAGGUUUAAAAUUUUUAUUUGAAAUAUGAUUAUUAUUCUGAAGCAAAUUUAAGGGUAAUACUGUAAAUUCGUAAGUGCAAAAUUCUUGCGAAUUCGCCAACCAAAUAAAACUACUCGGUAUUUGAGCCCAAAAA